UAUAAGGUGUUGAUCUCACUCUGAAACCCAAUACUGGUUUCAUCCUGUUCAUGUCACUGGUCAUGAGUGUUGGUGAAACAGGUUUUGCAAUGCUGAUGUCAGUCAGAAUGGCUCCUCCUCUUCCUCUGAUAUUUCUGCUCAUGAUUCACGGGGUUUCUAGUGCUGAUUGGGGUGUGAGUUACAGUCCUUCACACAUCUGUGCACUAAAGGACUCAUCAGUGAUAAUGAGCUGCAAUUAUACAUACCCUACUGGAUAUCAGAUCAAGAGCGUGUUCUGGAUCAAAGGCCCUAUAAAAGAUUUUCUAGAUCUGUCUAAGGACCCUGAAUACAGUCAGAGGCUUCAGUAUCUGGGAGAUAAACAGCAGAACUGCACCAUGAGACUGAGUCAUGUGACACUGAAGGAUUCACGCAUGUACUAUUUCAGAAUCAUCACUAAUAUAACAAAAGGAAAAUGGUUUGGUAAACCAGGAGUGACUCUUGCUGUCACAGAUCUUCAGGUGGAGUCUCCUGAGAGAGUGACAGAGGGAGAUUCAGUCCGUCUGACAUGUAAAAGCAGCUGCACUCUGACUGACAGAGCAACAUUCAUCUGGUACAGAAACUCACAGCCAUUAACUGAGAGAAGAGACAGAAACAAUGAACUCCUGCUGCAGUCAGUCAGAAGAGAGGAUGCAGGCAGAUAUAGCUGUGCUGUACACGGACACAAUCACAUCUCUCCUGCUGUUGAGCUCAAUGUCACAUAUGCACCAAAGAGCGUCUCAGUGUCCAUCAGUCCAUCUGGUGAAAUAGUGUCAGGAGAUUCAGUGACUCUGAUCUGCAGCAGUGAUUCAAACCCUCCUGCAAAAAUGAGCUGGUUUAAAGGAAGAAUGUUUGUAGGAUCUGGAAGAAUCUACAGCAUCUCAAAGAUCAGCUCUGAUGACAGUGGAAAAUACAAGUGCAAAUCCAUCAAUGAACAUGGAGAGAAAUACUCUGAUGCUGUGACUUUAAACGUCAUGUACCCUCCCAGGAACGUGUCAGUGUUCGUAACUGGAUCUGGUGAAAUAGUGUCAGGAGAUUCAGUGACUCUGAUCUGCAGCAGUGAUUCAAACCCUCCUGCUCUGAACUUCAGCUGGUUUAAAGGAGGAACAUUUGUAGGAUCUGGAAGAAUCUACAACAUCUCAAAGAUCAGCUCUGAUGACAGUGGAGAAUACAAGUGUAGAUCCAGAAAUCAACAUGGAGAGAAACACUCUGAUGCUGUGACUUUAAACGUCAUGUACCCACCCAGGAACGUCUCAGUGUUGAUAACUGGAUCUGGUGAAAUAGUUUCAGGAGAUUCAGUGACUCUGAUCUGCAGCAGUGAUUCAAACCCUCCUGCUCUGAACUUCAGCUGGUUUAAAGGAGGAACGUUUGUAGGAUCUGGAAGAAUCUACAACAUCUCAAAGAUCAGCUCUGAUGACAGUGGAGAAUACAAGUGCAGAUCCAUCAAUGAACAUGGAGAGAAAUACUCUGAUGCUGUGACUUUAAACGUCAUGUACCCUCCCAGGAACGUGUCAGUGUUCGUAACUGGAUCUGGUGAAAUAGUGUCAGGAGAUUCAGUGACUCUGAUCUGCAGCAGUGAUUCAAACCCUCCUGCUCUGAACUUCAGCUGGUUUAAAGGAGGAACGUUUGUAGGAUCUGGAAGAAUCUACAACAUCUCAAAGAUCAGCUCUGAUGACAGUGGAGAAUACAAGUGUAGAUCCAGAAAUCAACAUGGAGAGAAAUAUUCUGAUACUGUGACUUUAAACAUCAUGUAUCCUCCCAGGAACGUCUCAGUGUUGAUAACUGGAUCUGGUGAAAUAGUUUCAGGAGAUUCAGUGACUCUGAUCUGCGGCAGUGAUUCAAACCCUCCUGCUCUGAACUUCAGCUGGUUUAAAGGAAGAACGUUUGUAGGAUCUGGAAGAAUCUACAGCAUCUCAAAGAUCAGCUCUGAUGACAGUGGAGAAUACAAGUGCAGAUCCAUCAAUAAACAUGGAGAGAAAUAUUCUGAUACUGUGACUUUAAACAUCAUGUACCCUCCCAGGAACGUGUCAGUGUUCGUAACUGGAUCUGGUGAAAUAGUGUCAGGAGAUUCAGUGACUCUGAUCUGCAGCAGUGAUUCAAACCCUCCUGCUCUGAACUUCAGCUGGUUUAAAGGAGGAACGUUUGUAGGAUCUGGAAGAAUCUACAACAUCUCAAAGAUCAGCUCUGAUGACAGUGGAGAAUACAAGUGCAGAUCCAUCAAUGAACAUGGAGAGAAAUACUCUGAUAAUGUGACUUUAAACAUCAUGUACCCUCCCAGGAACGUGUCAGUGUUCGUAACUGGAUCUGGUGAAAUAGUUUCAGGAGAUUCAGUGACUCUGAUCUGCGGCAGUGAUUCAAACCCUCCUGCUCUGAACUUCAGCUGGUUUAAAGGAGGAACGUUUGUAGGAUCUGGAAGAAUCUACAACAUCUCAAAGAUCAGCUCUGAUGACAGUGGAGAAUACAAGUGUAGAUCCAGAAAUCAACAUGGAGAGAAACACUCUGAUGCUGUGACUUUAAACGUCAUGUACCCACCCAGGAACGUCUCAGUGUUGAUAACUGGAUCUGGUGAAAUAGUGUCAGGAGAUUCAGUGACUCUGAUCUGCAGCAGUGAUUCAAACCCUCCUGCUCUGAACUUCAGCUGGUUUAAAGGAAGAAUGAUUGUAGGAUCUGGAAGAAUCUACAACAUCUCAAAGAUCAGCUCUGAUGACAGUGGAGAAUACAAACCCUCCCAGGAACGUGUCAGUGUUCGUAACUGGAUCUGGUGA